AUCAUUUACAAGCAUUCGGAUUUCACCGCGAAUAGGAGCAACAUGCGGCGUAUAAUCCAACACUUGGCCGUCGUCGUGGCCUUAGCCGCAGCGUAUGUAGCAGCGCAAGCGAACGCUCAAGGCGACGCCUUCGCCCUUGCCGACGAAGAUCAUGACGGUGUCUUGCAGCGCCGUGAGUUUGUGAAGUGGUCCAACAAAAUCCGGGACGCGAUCAACCCGCUGCUGGCGGCGGACGACAGCGCUGCGGUCCCUCUGUUCGUCACGAACGAGCGUGUCAAGUCCGAUCCUACCGAAGACACGAACUCUGGAGCGAAGCGAGCGAAGAGCACAGUGAGCAAGUUCUGGUCUGGUUUUAUCAGCGGCAUCGUGACGAUUUGGGCGACGGAAGUCGGGGACAAGACGUUCUUCAUCGCUGCCAUCUUGUCCAUGAAACACGACCGCAUCGUGGUGUUCGCGGGUGCCAUCGGAGCGCUUAUCGUCAUGACUGUGCUCUCUGUGGUGCUGGGCGGCGUCGCUGCCAUCUUGCUUCCUCCGUGGCUGACUCACUAUGCCGGCGCGUGUCUGUUUGUCGUAUUUGGCUUGAAAAUGCUGUACGACUCGAGGGAAAUGAACGCCAACGGUCCAUCUGACGAGCUCAACGAAGUCGAAGAAGAGCUGGAAGGGAAAAAGACUGCCGAGGAUGCUGCUGGAAAUGCCGAAAAUGGCGAGGCGACCCCAACGAGCCCGACGCCCCCCCCCGGCGCGUUCCAAGUGUUUUCCCAAGGCUUCUUGCUCACGUUUCUCGCAGAGUGGGGUGACCGCUCCCAGGUUAAAUAUUUAUAUAUACACAUAUAUCAUUAACGAAUGUUUGAGCAGAUUGCCACGAUUACAUUGUCUGCAUCGAACGACGCCUUUGGUGUGACAUUGGGCGCCAUCCUUGGACAUUCCAUGUGCACGGGGCUGGCCGUGGUCGGGGGCAAGUUCCUCGCGUCGCGGAUUUCGGAGAAGACGGUCACUAUUGUUGGGGGCGCCUUAUUUUUAAUGUUCGCCCUCCACGCGCUGGCGUUCCCGCCGCAGGAAUAACAAGCGCAAGCUGGUAUUUCCAGUGAAGGUAGUACUGAGUAGUGUCCAUAUGACGAGGCCAUCAGCCAGGACGACUGUCGUUCGAUAUAAUACUGUAAUCGAAUCCAACAUAUUCCGCGUUUGC